CAGUAAAAAUUCCAGUGUGUAAAGUCCCUUCUUCUAGAAAUUCUCAAAAAAGAGAAAGAAGUAUAAAUGGAAAGGAAUGUCGAUCCAGUUCUAAACUUCCCCUUGUGCUCCCACCUCGAAAUCUUACCAUUAAACACUACUAGUACAAUAUUUCCAUGUUAAGCACUUAAUCACAAUUCUUCUGCUAAAUCCCCCAAAUCAACAACUUUAUCUUUACCAGUAGUAUACACAGUUUCAGAAAAAAAGAAGAAGUGAAUAUGGGAGGGGUAACCUCAUCAAUGGCGGCGAAGUUCGCGUUUUUCCCUCCAAACCCACCUUCUUACAAGCUUGUUAAAGAUGAUCUCACGGGUCUUUUACUUCUUAGCCCUUUUCCUCACCGUGAAAAUGUUGAAGUCCUUAAGUUGCCCACUCGCAAAGGUACUGAAAUAGUUGCUCUUUACGUUAGGCACCCUAUGGCUACCUCCACUCUACUGUAUUCCCAUGGAAAUGCUGCUGACUUGGGUCAGAUGUAUGAGCUUUUCGUUGAAUUGAGCAUUCACUUGCGCGUCAAUCUCUUGGGGUAUGACUAUUCUGGAUAUGGCCAUUCAACUGGUAAGCCAAGCGAGCAGAAUACCUAUGCAGAUAUUGAAGCUGCAUAUAAGUGCCUUGAAGAAAACUAUGGUACAAAGCAGGAAGAUGUUAUCCUUUAUGGCCAAUCAGUUGGUAGUGGGCCCACUUUGGAUCUUGCAGCUCGUCUGCCACGAUUAAGGGCAGUCAUUCUGCACAGUCCCCUUCUUUCAGGUUUACGAGUCAUGUAUCCUGUCAAGCGCACAUACUGGUUUGACAUUUACAAGAAUAUUGACAAGAUCCCUUCGGUUAAUUGUCCGGUGCUCAUCAUUCAUGGAACUGCAGAUGAAGUAGUUGAUUUUUCACAUGGCAAGCAGCUCUGGGAGCUAUGCAAGGAGAAGUAUGAGCCUUUAUGGAUCAAAGGAGGGAACCACUGUGACUUGGAACUCUAUCCAGAGUAUAUCAGACACCUAAAGAAGUUUGUAGCAACUAUUGAAAGGUCCCCAUCACAGAGGAUCAGUUCUAGGAAAAGCACAGACCAGUUUGAGCCACCUAGGAAGAGUACAGAUGUUUUUGAAGCUUCAAGAAAAAGCACUGACCGUAGAGAAAAACCAAGACACAGUACAGACAGGCCUGAGAAGUUAAAGAAUCAUUCAAGUAAUGCUAUUACAGACAAACUAAGGGUCUCAAUUGCACAAAUGGAGAGAUCUCGAAGAAGUGUAGAUUGCACUGAAAAAUCAAGGAAAAGCAUUGAUCACCAAUUAGAAAGAUCUCGGAAGAGUGUUGAUAGAAUCGAAAGAAUACGAACGGGGUGAUACUUGAACCAAAAUUAUAAAAUUUCCUUGAAGUUUGAUGGUGUGGUAAAGAAUGAAAUGAGUUGGUUAUUAUUUAUAUGGUUUUCAAGAUAUGCAUUGGUCUGUAAAAAUCCUCUAAAAUAAUUAGUGCUUGAAUCAGAGUAAUGUCAUAAAUUUACUCUUU